AAAUUCUAUCACAGAGGAAGGGAAUGCUAAUUUAAGUGUGCAAGGGCAUAAACUGUGCAUGCAAAUACUGCAAGCAGGCUUUGCAGGUGAUUCAACAAAUAAUUCAACCCAUGCGAAAUUCCACACAGUCAGUAACCUGAGCUCCGGAUUGCUCCCAAGUCUCUAAUGAGCCCUUCUCUAUUUGGCUCCAGUAGCCCUGAGCCUGACUGGGAGACAUUCUGCUGACCACCAGUCCACAGACACCAGCAUUUGUUCUAAUCAUCUAUACACAUCAAAUAUCAAGACUCCAUGCUCAAAAGAUGGCAGUGUAUGUAGUGCUUGCCGUCGCCCUGCUUGGCUCGUGUUGGGCAGCUCCUCCAAUUGAUUCAGAUCUGGUGAAUUAUGAUGUUGAUGCAGACACAUGGGACAUGAACACAUAUGGAGAAUCUUAUGACUAUGAUGACUUGGAGGAAGAUGUUGACAAUGCAGGGAUUUCGUUUGAGGUUGGAACCAUGGCUUCUCCUGUUGCCAUUACUCAUCCACAUCCUGCAGAUAAUCCUGGAAACAAAACUGAAGAAAUAACACUGCUGCCACAGACCAGCACACCCACAAUACUUCCUGCUCUGGACUUCCAGGGUACUGGACUUUUUGGCCCUGACACUGGUCUGGGAAUGCCCACUUGCUUGCUGUGUGUGUGCCUCGGUGGUAGUGUGUAUUGUGAUGAUGCUGAUUUGAUCAGGAUUCCCCCUCCACCCAAAGACACUACACACUUCUAUGCUCGCUUUAACAAGAUUACUGCGGUCAACGCAAAGGACUUUCUUAACCUGAAUCUGUUGAAACGAAUUGACCUAACAGGGAAUCAGAUCUCCGCGCUGGAUGAGGACACUUUCCGCAGUCUCCCACAGCUCCAGGAACUAUUUUUAGCUGACAACAGAAUCCCGUCUCUGCCUGAGCUUCCAGCCACUAUGAGGCACAUCGAUGUACGCAAUAACCAUCUGACGAGUGCCGGCAUGCACAGAGAAGGCUUUAAGGAAAUGAAAGAUUUGCAGUUCCUGUACCUGUCAGACAACCGACUAGACUACAUUCCUGUCCCGCUUCCUGAGAGCUUACGAGUGCUUCAUCUGCAGAACAACAACAUCCAAAGCUUGAAUGAAGACACGUUCUGCAACAGUCACGACCGAAGCUACAUACGCAAGGCUCUGGAAGACAUUAGAUUGGACGGCAACCCGGUGGAUGUGAACCAGUACGCUCAGGCUUAUGUCUGCCUGCCAAGAGUGCCUGUGGGAAACUCUCACUGAGUGUUAUUAGGGCAUAUGGCUACUCGACUGGUUCUGCUUCACUUGUAACAGGUGCUAUGAGAGUCACUUUUUUAGAUAAUAUGGCACAUGUAAGUCUUGGCCCUAACUGACUAAUCUUUAUUUUAACUAACCACUCCAAAUGCACAAAAAAAUGGGUAGAAAUUAUAUUUUGCUUAUCUUCCUUUUGUCAUUUAUAAAGAAUUACCUAAGCUCCUUAAGUAUCUUUUAGUAAUCAACCAUCUAUUCAAUAGCUUAACUGAACCCAAUAUUAUACUUCUGUAUUUUUGGUCACUUAAUAUGUUUGAAUUCCUUGAAUUGCUGCUGAACACUUAAUAUUAGAAUUUUUGUUUGAAUGUGUAACAAUUUAACUCCUAGGAUAAGUGUGUUAAUAAAACAUCAGUUUCGCACUUAACAUCAGAGGCUUAACCUACUAAUGACCACAUGGUGGCAUUCAGUGUCUUUUUGGAAACUAUUCCUGAUCUCCACACAAUAUAUAUCUUCCUGCAAUUUUUUUUUUUUAGAAACGCAGACAACCUACAGUAACUGAGAGUUCUGUUCAUUCUUCUGGACUAUGUAUCCUUGAAUCAUGUAUAUUAGAGACCAAGUUACAGGUUACGUCUAUUUUUAUAACAAUUUGCUCAUGUAGCGCAGGUGGUUGCAAGGGGUUACUUAGCAACUAUCAAAUAUUUAUAGUAUGACAAUCACACAGGCACAUAGUUUAAAGAUGCAUGUGAGCCAUUUACAUAUUUAGGCAUUUGUCUUGUAUUUGUCUCCAUCUGUAUAUGACUGAUCAAUUACAGAAGAUUGUCCUUUUGUAUAACAGUAUACAACCUGAUAUACAGAAUUAUGCAAUUCCUCACAAGCUCAUCUACAGUCCUCACUGUGUUUAUGCUUAUUUUAUCUCAAUCGCAGUAUGAAAUGAACAGAGACUCUAAACCCAAUGUAAGACUGAUAUUAACAUACUGAACUACCACAUGUUAGCAAAUAAACUGCACAUGUUAAGAGAUCGAUUCAACUCUGAGCUCCAUUGCUAAAAAAUACAUUUUCUUUAUUCCAUUUUAAUUCUCAAAUCAAAAUUCAGAUUCAAAAUUCCAAAUUUUAUUUGUCAAAUACCCAGUACUACAUAGUGAAAUGCAUUUAACUGUC